UUUCCGCUGCGAAAGGGCAGUGUGGGGCGCAGGGCUUGGAGAUGCCGGGCCCCUCUCCGGGCCCCUCCGAGUCGCGCGGAGACAUGAGUGACACCGAAGGCGACCGCACGCGCCUCAGGCGCUACCCUAGGCUCCCGGUGUGGGUGGUGGAGGAUCACCAGGAGGUCCUGCCUUUCAUAUACCGGGCCAUAGGUUCAAAGCAUCUUCCUGCUAGUAAUAUAAGCUUUUUACAUUUUGACUCACAUCCAGACCUCCUUAUUCCUGUGAAUAUGCCAGCAGACACUGUGUUUGAUAAGGAAGCACUCUUUGGAGAAUUAAGUAUUGAAAAUUGGAUUAUGCCUGCAGUUUAUGCUGGCCAUUUUUCUCAUAUAAUAUGGCUUCAUCCCACAUGGGCUCAGCAAAUCACAGAGGGCAAACACCACUUCUUAGUAGGCAAAGACAUUUCUACCACCACAAUCAGGGUUACCAGUACCGACUAUUACUUCCUGAGUGACGGUCUGUUUGUACCCAAAGACCAGCUCGAGAACCAGAAGCCGUUAGAGUUGGAUGUGAUCACGGUAGACCCUCCCAGACUCUGUAACCAUCAAGAGGACAGUGACUCUGUACCUUCUGCCAAGAAGCCCAAGCUGGCACUGGGCGGUCGAGAGAGUGCUGCGGCCGCUAACGGUUACCCUUGCUCAGAAGGACCACAAGGGGAUGCAGAGACACGGCCGAGUGACCGUGCUUACCCGGAGCCAUCAGGCCCCUGUCCCUCUGGAGGGCAGCGGAGCCAGAGCACAGGCAGCACUGGGGAGAUCCUACAAGUGUGGAAGGGUGGAGAUGCAUUUGUUCUAGAUAUCGACCUGGAUUUUUUUUCUGUCAAAAAUCCCUUCAAAGAAAUGUUCACUCAGGAUGAGUACAAAAUUCUACAGGAGCUUUACCAGUUUAAAAAGCCUGCUAGUAACCUGACUGAGGAAGAUUUGGUAGAUAUUGUUGAUACUCGAAUUCAUCAACUGGAAGAUUUAGAAGCAAUUUUUGCUGAUUUAUGUGAUGGUGAUGGGGAAGAAACUGUACACAGAUGGGCUUCCAACCCUGGAAUGGAAUCAUUAAUUCCACUUGUUCAGAGUUUGAAAAAACGGAUGGAAGUACCAGACUAUGAAAUGGUUCACCAGGCUGGGCUAACCUGCGAUUAUUCCGAACUCCCUCAUCACAUCAGCACAGAAGAAGAAAUUGAGUGUCUUAUUCAGUCUGUGUAUUCUUUACUGAAAAGUCUUCCAAAGCCUACUCUUGUGACAAUCGCAAGGUCAAGUCUGGAUGAUUACUGUCCUCCUGAACAAGUUGACACCAUUCAGGAAAAGGUCCUCAGUGUGCUACGCUCGCUCUAUGGGACCCUGGACACUCACCUGGUGUAUUCAGAAGAGUCCCCGCCAUGUUGAGACACAUGGGGCACUGAACUCCUAUGCAUUUUGUUACAGUCACAGGGCCAUUGUUUGUGGGUCUUCCAGAGUACACUUUUUUUAUUUGGCUUUUCGAGACAGGGCUUCUUUGAGAAGCCUUGGCUGUCC